AUGCUUAUUCCUCUGGUCUCUGGGCCCAUCCUCCCCCUCUCCCCUCCUCUGUCUGCGUCUCUCCUCUCUAAACACGUGGAGCGAGAGAGGGAUGAAGGAGGAAAGGAGAGGUACAGGGUGCGGGUAUUGUUCCAUGUACGAGGGGACACCAGCAGGGGGAGCUGUAUCACCCUCCACGCCUUCAAAGAGACCGAGGAGCAGAAGGCUUCGUGUGUCACACAGCCUCCAUUGGGUCUGUGUGUGGUGACCCUGGCCCUACCUAAGGACUGGUUUGAGGUGGACCAGACCAGCCAGCCCUACCUCGGCCCCAACCAGCGUGCCAGACACACACACCGACACCGCAGCCGUAAUCGGGGACGACGGCACGAGGGUGUUGUUGUCGGUGGAGCUGGUGGCAUCCCCUUCCCAGGCGCCCUCAGAUACAGCCCCACCCACACUGGAGACCACAUCCAGUUGUACUACUCAUUGUUCGGCACAGCGUCCAACAUCAAACUAGCACCCCCUAGGUGUGUGGAAGACAAAUUACCACAGUCUCAGAGACAGUUGAUUUAUAUAGGAGCUGUGACUCUGAGGGAGUACAAUAAGAGGAAAGAGGCCAACAGGACGAAAGAGGAAAUAGACUGUUGCAAUGGACAGGAAGAGGAGGAGCUACGGUUGGAUUCCAACGUGCUGAUUCGCUAUCGCAGGGGACCGGUCCGCACAGGACAGCCAAUAGGGAUUUCUGUGAACCUGAGGGCCAAUUUCAGUGCAGAGUUUGUUGUUAUCCGACUGAAGGUGAAGAAAGGCCUUUUGUCUCUGGUUGCCCAGCGCUCUCUGAACUCUGACCUCUGGGUUGUGAACCUGGAGAAAACGCAGGGCUCCAAACAUGACGUCAUCUCCAUCAUCUGCCACAAACUGGCGGGACACAUGGACAGUGACAGUCCCGCUGCUCUGCAGCAGGCUGCCUGUCUGUCAGUGGACGGCUUGCGCAGGAGUUUCGGGGUUGCCAUGACUGUGUCGGCCAGCUGGUGGGUGGAGUACUCAGGCCGUAAUAACCCUCCGACACCACGCGGCGGAGUAGUGAGCAGCUUCUCCUUCACUGACAGAGAGAUAGCGGGCAUCUCUCCCAUAACUGAGAGUGGCAUGAUCAUCAACACGGCCAUCUUGACCAGCGAGCCCGUGUCACUUCCUGUCAUUGUGCUGGCAGUGGGGCAUGAUGGGAAGGUGUCUGAUAUCACCGCGGCGGUGAAGUGUCAGUCGUCCAACGAUGAUAUCAUCAAGGUGUCAAGCGAUUGCUCAACCCUCUUCGUCGACGGAAGUGAAUCAGGGGUGGGCAGCACCUGCGUAGGGGUGGAGUUUCUCCUGGGCACGCUCAGUGGUUCCCUAUGUCUGUCCGUGUGGGCUCCUGUCGUCCCGCUGCGCGUCUCACUGUCCGAUAACGAGCUGAGCGCCAUCGAUGGCUGGAACCACUACACGGAGAACGGCUGUUCUCCAGUGUAUCAGAGGUCCACGGUUCAGGUUCUGACCCAGUUCAGUGCUCAGGGGGGCCAGGGGCAGCUGACCUACCUGCUGGGCUCCUCUGAUUGGUUUGUGGAUGCCACAGAGUUGGUCCGUAAUUGGCUGAGGGUAGAGAAUCCACGCGUGGCGGUCCUCGACAAGCAGAGCAAUCUGAUUGGUCUACACCCGGGGAAAACUUCAGUUCGUGUCAUAUCAAGCCAAUGGGACGGUGUGCUGGGUAGCUGUGAUGUCACUGUGACCUCUGAACCCGUGAACCCUGGUGACCUCUCAGUGCAGGUUGUGGGAGGACUCGGUAUGUCAAUCAAAGCAAGCCCUGCCCACCCUGCUGUUGUCACAGCAACAGUGACCGCAUACAACAUUCUCUACAACCAUGGGCAGGAAGCGUCCAUCAGUGUCUGGCUCCAGUUCAGCGAUGAUAGCGCCACUUUGCUCUCCGCCUUCAGCCGUGGUACCUUCACCCUGCGCGUCUCCUCAUUGGCAGAGACCGUGGUCGCCGUGACGCCCGGCCCGUCUUUGCGCGUCGUAGCCCAGGGCGAAGGGGGCGGGCCUUUACUGAAAGCAGAACUCUUGGUCACCACCUGCAAGCCAAUGGCGAACUCCGUCGACGGGGACCUGGCCAAUCCGAAGGAAGGAAGCGGGACCAGGAGGCUGGCUAAAGGAUCUGGUUGGAUCAGGGUGAACCUGGACUCUGACCUUCGUCCAAUGGGGAGCGAGGAGGCGAACUUGGACCUGCUCAACAUUUCGGACAUGUUGAUGGAGUCAGCUGACAGGGAUGUUCAGUACAGCAACUUCCCGGACAAUAACAUCAUCAUAGGGAACGUCACUGCCGUCAGCGGCGACGACUACUACGACAAGGCCGGCGAUGGGAUGAUCGCCAGGAACGACCUGGAGAGAGCGGUGUUGACCCCGAAUCACGAAGAGAGCGCGGUGUACUUCUCUCCCGGGGUGGAGCGAGAGAGGGAGGAGAAACUGGAGGAUAAAGAGAUGGAGGUGGGUUUCGGGGCAGUUCUCUCCCUCCUCUGCCUCGCCGCACUCCUCUUCCUGGUGAAUUGUCUGCCCUGCGCUUUGAGGGAGAGGAGGAAGAGGAAGGACAUGAAUGAGGAGGGGGUGGAGGGAGUGGUGGAGGAUGAGUGGGAGGAAGGAGAAGAGGAGGCGAAGGAGGAGGACGAGGCAAAGGAGGUUGCAGAAAAGAACGAGAAAAUAACAUCAUACCCCAGGGUAAUAUCACUUCAUGAGACUACUACAGAAGAGAACGAGAAAAUAACAUCAUACCCCAGGGUAAUAUCACUUCAUGAGACUACUACAGAAGAGAACGAGAAAAUAACAUCAUACCCCAGGGUAAUAUCACUUCAUGAGACUACUACAGAAGAGAACGAGAAAAUAACAUCAUACCCCAGGGUAAUAUCACUUCAUGAGACUACUACAGAAGAGAACGAGAAAAUAACAUCAUACCCCAGGGUAAUAUCACUUCAUGAGACUACUACAGAAGAGAACGAGAAAAUAACAUCAUACCCCAGGGUAAUAUCACUUCAUGAGACUACUGCAGACGAGAACGAGGGGCAGUCAGAUCAAAGCAUGGACCAUUAAGGCUGCAUCCGAAUAGGCACCCUAAUCCCUUUUAAGAGCCCUGGUCAAAAGUAGUGUACUAUGUAGGGAAUACGGUGCCCUUUUAUUCAGGAGAGAAAGGUUGUUGAUAAAAAUCAACAUUCUUAGGACAAUUGACUAUAUAUUCCUGUCACUGUGUCACCAACAAUGUUUCUUCAUGUCUUACAAGGUCGUCUUCGUAUAGGCUAGUCUUUUUCUCAGUUGUUUCUUUCUGAAUGUUUGUCUAUCACACAUAUACACUAACUAUCCAUCAAAUAUGUGUGCAGAAACGAUGCACGUACACGACUGUACAUAUCUGUCAUAUUUCUUCUAUUGGUAUUAUUUCACAUUCAUCCAUGUACAAUUUGCCGUCAUAUCUUUUCGAUUUAGGACUCAAUGCAAUCCGUAUCCGCUGAAGUUUAAAGGCAAUGUUCCCACGUUCGCAGAGACUGAAUUCACUCACGGUAAACGCUGAACUUCUGUGAUAUGGAUUGAAUCAAGCCCUUAGGCCUAUUGACGGAAUAGUAUAGGGGUUGAACAUUUCUGGUAAUUUUCCUAUAAAUCCCUGCCGGGAUGACUCCAAGUUGGACGAUUCCCACAUGGUUAUUCCCUCUUGAUUCCAGAGAUUCUCCAACUGGGAUUUUUGUAAGAACUGUGAAUUUAGGGCAAGUUACCGUCAUUUGCAACCCUAGUCCUGCACAUUCUAGUCUUCUGGUUGAUCUAAUCAACCAAGCGGAAAACCCACUUGUAAAUAGACAUGAUAGAAUUACUCAUGUGAAACAUGUUAUUCUCCUGCUUGGCAAAGGUUGUCAAUGAAUUUUAAAUGAUUUCCUAACAAUUUCAAUAUUUAUUUUUGCAUUUGAUUUAGUGAUAAUUAGGAAUAAGUUUGAUUACUUGAUCAACUUUUUAUAGUUUUUUUUAUCUGGUCUAAUUUAUCAGUCAAUAUGUCCAGAGUUUGUGUUUGUAUACUGAUGUGAUUGUGCUUAGAGAUAUUUUGUCUGAUCUGACCAGACCUCCAGCUCUGUGUCUGUAGGAGAGCGGUCUGGCCCAUAUGGCUGGCCAAGAGCUGUCAUGUAUCCAGCUACCUCCAAUUGAUGCUGAAUGACACAGAGCACUCGGUUUCCUGGCAGUCUUCUCCAGCUAGUCCGACCCCAUGCCUGUUGUCUGCCUCAAGCUUCAGUCUCCAGGUGUUUCUUGGACUAUGGUCCUGACCAGUAGAGGUCACAAACAGUGCUAUUUCCCACUCCCAUGUUGCCAGCUAGUGUGAAUUAAGGAGUGGCUCAAAUGUAAGGCUUUCACCUCAUAUGCGUGGAGUUGUAGGUUGGAUCCCAGGUAGAGCCUGUGGUUGUGUUGACACUCAUGAUUGAUGGACUGUGACAACUAAUGAGGGUUUCAUAUUUGAGGUUCCCCUUCCUGUGAACACCAGGGGUGAUGGGGGGGGGGGACUUCUGGAAAGAGUAGAAACUUAGACACUUUUUUAUUUGUGUGUUUUUUAAAUACUACUUUUUCCUUGGUGCUGUCCCUUCAUAACUGCUGCUGGGGACUGUUCUGGAACCACAGGAUUUAACCGCCCCCGCUUAUUGCCUGCUUUCAGCCGACGCACCAAUUCCCAAUCUCUGUUUUGUUUUAGUACCCCCCUCCCCACUUUCCUCAGGCGGCCAGCGCCCCCACUCUGAACCCACUCCAUGCCGGCAUCCUAUCAGUGUUGGGAAAAGUACUAAAUUGUCACACUUGAGUAAAAGUAAAGAUACCUUAAUAGAAAAUGACUCAAGUAAAAGGCACCCAGUAAAUUACUACUUGAGUAAAAGUCUAAAAGUAUUUGGUUUUUAAAUAUUCUUAAGUGCCAAAACUAUCAAUGAGAUCAAAUUCCUUAUUAAAUGUUGUGGAAAUUCAACACAGGGACACUUCUAAGUCAAUAUUAAAUAAAUCACUCUUUAAUUGUCAGCAAGCUGGAGAGGUCACAGUCAAACUUAUAUGCACUUUAAAAUCUAAUUAGUAACUGAUCCAAGCACAGGCAGGGACCAAGCAUUAUUUAUGACAAAAAUAUGAACAUUUUCAAGGCUGUCCCUCCAGACUAUACAUUUCCUUCACAUAAGCAAACCAGAUGGCAUACACUUGUAUUAAUGGCUAGCCAGAGGCACACUCCAACACUCAUACGCCAUUUACAAAUAAAGCAUUUGUGUUUAGUGAGUCCGCCAGAUCAGAGGCAGUAGGGAUGACCAGGGAUGUUCUCUAGAUAAGUGUGUGAAUUGGACCAUUUUCCUGUCCUGCUAAGCAUUCAAAAUGUAAAGAGUACUUUUGGGUGUCAGGGAAAAUGUAGAGUAAAAAAGUACAUCAUUUUCUUUAGGAAUGUAAAUAGUAAAAGUACAGAUACUCAACAAACAAAAGACACAAGUAUUUUGACUUAAGUACUUUACACCGCUGCAUACUACCUCAUUAGUUGCUUGGUGGGAGGCACCAGAAGGACCCUUUAAGCCACUCCAGAGCUCUAAUAUCAAGUGUUUGACCCUAUUCAGACUUGCCAGUCUUAACUUUGCAUGAGUGAGGCUUUGAAACCCCAUUGUCAGUUUGGAACAUGUAUCAUAUUUUUGUUGGGUGUAUUCAUUUAUCUAGGUGUAUUUCACUAGUGUUUAAGAUGGGAAUGCAGUAGUUGAAACCUCACAUUCCUGUAGCCACUAAAGAAAUAGGACGGUCAAUUUGCCAUGGGUUUGAUGUGACUGACUGCUCGGGGAUUGAGUUCGCCACACCAGUCUGGCAAAAGCUCAUGUCAUAACAGUACGUGAUCAAUAUCAUAGAUCAGAGUUAUAUUUUUUCUUAGAAAACUCACUGGAAAUGUUGGGAGCUUGCAGAUUGUGAUUCUGGACAGGACAUCUCUUUGAAACAAUUCAGUACAAGUCUAUAGCCUGUACCCACAUGUUAGGUAGGCUGUAUGCCUACAGUAGCCUUUAGGCCAGGAUCCCCCAACUGGUGCCCUAAACUAUUGCCCCUGCAUGGUUUUAUUUGGCUCCCCAAGUUUUCUGGGCAAAAAGAGAUUUUCAUUUUGGAAAUCUGUUCCCAAGUAUUCCCACCCAUAAUAGAGAUGUGAUCGUAUACAAAAUGUAAGCAAUGUUGGAAAUGAUUAUGUUUUAGGCUUCUUGCGGUCAAUUUGCAGUCUAGGAAUGGUAUGGAAUUUUUUUUCUUCCCGCGGCUGAAUGUAGUUGAUGAUCAUGCUUUAGACCCCCGACCCCCCUUAAUAAAAAGUCAACCAUGAAGCACUGCAUUUAUUGAUAUAGUGAUAUAGUACGACAUGCUGAGUCACAUCCAAUAACUACUGUGAAGCAGCUUUCAUUUGCAAAGAAGGACGAUACGUGUUACAUUAACUAGAUUGUUGGACAAAAUAAUACAAUGGUGGCGUCAUUUUGUACCUUGUCAGUUGCUCCCUUUAGAUUAGUGAUGUCUGGACUAUGGAGUCGUUCACUCAUUAGAUGAACUACGUGCAGGUGGUUGUGACCGGAGGUUGCUUCAGAAAUAAUUGCCCACAAAAUAUUCCAAGUAUGAGCACGGAGUUGAGCAGGCGACCAAAAUCUAACAACGCAGAUCAUAAAACGACCCCAUUAAUUACAGCGCGAUUCUGCAACAGAAAGCAAAGACAGUUGACUACAAUUUUCAAUUAAUUUUAUGCAAAUGAAAUCAAUUUCUUGAUUCUGGAUUAAUACAAUAAUUGUCCAUCUUAACCAAGAGCCCAUUUGUUUUACAGAUCUAAAACAAGUCAAGUACAGAUGCAAAAGUGAUCACAUUAUGGAAAAAAUAUAUUUAUUUUGCACAUGCAGAUCCUUCUACACAUUACAUUACAAAAUGGAAGUUAACAUGCUAGACAGUUGAUAAUAUAACAUAACAGCCAUGACCAGACUGAGCAGGACCACAUUUCUCUGUAAAACAAAAAAAAUGUGUUGAUGUAUUUAUGCCCUCUUGUGGAUUCUUUGUGUAAGACACGUGCUGAGAUGAUUUCAGGUAGGCCUCCGUGCGUCUUGAAGUAUCGGUCAUUUGAAUCUCAGUUGACAUGUCAGGUGUAUCACCAGUGGUCCACAAAAAAAAAACUCAAGGCUGUGAGCCUCCGGGAUACGGUUUAAAGGACACUAGGCUACAUCUUCUCAUAGGUCAGUUCGUGUCCACAGGUGUUACAGACCUUCCUGUAGAGAUCCUCCUCUUCAUCCACUAUCUCCUCAGGGCCGUACUCGUGCUGGUGAGCGCUGGUGUCCUUUGUCCACACGCUGCUCCUCACUGCACGGCGGAGCUCUGGUCACGACAGAGAAAAGAACAAUCCAAUAAAUGAUCAAUAACAGGUGUGUAGGAAUGAUUCAAUAAAGACAAGAAAAAUCUU